AUGAGCACAUAUUGGAGGUGUCCCGUUCUUGCCAUUGCAGACCUAUUGCCCUUAAUACUUUCCCAGGCUAAAAUAAUGGGUGCGUUUGAUGCUUACAAGCCUGCGAUGGCAAUGGUUGGUUUGCAAUUCAUUUAUGCUGGGGUUGCACUCUUCACUAGAGCUGCUCUUGUGCAAGGACUGAGUCCCAAGGUGUUUGUAGUCUACAGGCAAGGCAUAGCAACUCUGAUCAUGGCUCCUCUAGCUUAUGUUUCAAGGAGGAGAAGUUCAUGUGGUUUUUCUUUGGGAUUACGGAGUUUUGCUUGGAUAUUUGCUGCCUCCCUUCUGGGAGUCACUGCCAAUCAAAUGGCUUACUUUGAAGGCCUCUUCCUAGCCUCUUCAACUGCAGCAAGUGCAAUGACUAAUCUCAUGCCUGCAAUCACUUUUGCAAUGGCAGCAAUCUUUGGAUUGGAGAAAGUGUAUAUCCGAAGCUUGAGAAGUAUUGCCAAGAUUCUUGGGACAGUAAUCUGCGUAAGUGGAGCCAUUGCCAUGGCAAUACUCAAAGGCCCUAAGCUGUUAAAUUCAGAAUUUUUACCACCAAAAUCCUUUUUCAGCCCCGGAGGCGACAAUUGGUUAUUGGGGUGUUUAUUUCUCUUUGGAAGCAGUUGUUUCUGGUCAUUAUGGAUGAUCUUGCAGGUCCCUAUUUCGGCAACUUGUCCUGACCACUUAUAUUCAUCUGCAUGGAUGUGUUUCCUCGCAUCAUUGCAAUCAUCAGCGAUUGCAUUAUUCGCUGAAAAAGAUCUUGCUGCUUGGAAGCUGAAUACACAUCUUGAAAUUGCUUCCAGUUUAUAUGGGGGAACUGGACUGGCUGUGUCAUUCUUUGUUCAAGCCUGGGUAAUUUCUCACAGAGGUCCCCUCUUCUCGGCAAUGUUCAAUCCUCUAUGCACCGUUAUUGUCGGCAUCUUUUCUGCUAUAGUUCUACAUGAGGAGACAUACGCUGGAAGUUUGAUCGGUGCUUUAGCUGUGAUAAUUGGUCUGUAUGCUGUGCUGUGGGGUAAAGCCAAAGACCUUGACGAGAUAAAAAAUAUGAUCCAUCCAAAGCUGCAAGAAGAUCAGUCACCUGUUCAAGCCUUCUUAGACGAGUCUCCAGCUAAGAAGAAUUGCAAAGCUGAUUUGGAAGAACCAUUUCUUUCUUCACAAAUCAAGUGA